AUGAGUUAUUUCGAUGAGCCUAUGGACACAUUAGAAACUUAUUACGAAGAAGGUGAAAUAAGUGGUGACGAUGAUGAAAACGAUUUUGAAUAUACUACUCCAACGAAAAAUUUAAAAUCGAAUAAUUUUACUAGAAAAGUUAGUUAUGAGCUAGUUAAAGACGAUUUAAUUUCCGAAUUAAAUGAUGUCAAUGAUGAAAAUGAUACGUAUGAAAUCCCAAAUGAAUCCGAUCUCCCAAUCUCCAUUGGCGACACAUCUAAAACUUUUAAAGAAAGAUUGUUAAUUUUAUUUAGAGACUUAGGAAUAAAUAAAGAAAAUGAGCGACAUUACAGAUUUAACACUCUUCGCGUUAAAGGAGUUGAAAAUAUGAGCACGGAAGAUGUUUAUCAAUAUUUUGCUUCAUUUGCUCCAUCUCAUGUAGAGUGGAUUGACAAUGACACUUGUAAUGUUGUUUGGUUAGAUGAUUUAUCUGCUGCUCGAGUACUUUUGAGUCAAUCGAAAAAAAUUAUAAAUUUGCAUGGAAAUUCUUUAAAAACUGUAUCAAAUGACAGUAUCGAUGAAUGUGUAGAUGCUAGAGAUUUAAAUAUAGAAAUACCUUCUGGUGUGUGGAGGUUUGGAGAGCCUGGGAAAAAAAGUUCAACCAUUUUAUUAAGGUAUGCUACUAGAUCUGAUAAAAAGCAAUCGAUGGCAGCAAAAAGUGGUGUGUAUUCGAAAAAAUUUGGUACUGUGCCUGGUUUAAUGUCAAAAUCUGUUAGGAAUGGAACAGUUAAAUUAAUCAACAAAGUUCACACUCCAAAUAACAUAUGGAAAACUGAUAGCAUUGAAACAUCCAUGCAUUCAAGUGAUAAACCAAAUCCUUGGGAAGAGCUGGCUUAUGAAUGGGGUAAAAUUGAAAGAGUCAAAGACAAUGACUUUUUAGAAUUGAAUAAUAAAAGACCCCUGAUAAAAGCCAAUGUUCCAGAUUUGAGAAUAUCAUUGAAACAAAAAAAAGAAAAUAGGAAAAGACUGUUGAAUUUAAAAACUAGUCACAGUUUAAAUGAAGAAUGGGAGAGUAAAGCCAAAGUUCCAAGAAUGAAAAUGUAUGCAGAUGAUGAGGAAAAAGUUGUUAAAAAUAAACAAAAAAAAACCAAUGUUCAAUCUCAUGGAGUUGAAGAUUUAAGAAGUAAAAUAAACAGGCUCAAAAGUAGAGAAAGAAUAAAUUUAAAAGUUGAAAGGGAUAAUAUUAGAUCUCAGAGUAAUACAAGUGAGAGUGAAAAUGAAUCGGAUGAUGGCAGCUCUCAAAAUUGGGCUUUAGAACAAUAUCAUACGAUAAGAGAAUCUGUCGAAACUAAAAAUAGAAAAUUAGGAUUAGCUAAAUAUGAUAGUGAUGAAAGUGAUUUGAGUGAUGAUGAUAAUUAUACAUCACAAAAGAAAAAUAUAAGGCAAAGAUCUCCAUUACAAAUAGAAAUCGAUAAUGAUGAAUAUUAUCAAAGGAGAUCAAGUGAAAAGUAA